AUGGAUUCCUCGAGUUCGCAAAACAGCCGGUCGGUGACUCCGCGGAAGCGGUCGGAGAGUGUGGCGCACGCUUCACGACCGGCUUCGAGGGAUGCGACUGCUGGAGAGGAACCAGAGACCAGAGACCGUUCUCAAUCUUUCAGACACCCCGAGGGUGUCGACACCUCGACCGACAGAGUGUUCCCCAUCCGAUCGGUAGUCAGCGUUGGUCCUCAGAAUGGCGCAUCGCUGUCAAGAGGCACCACCUCUCCCAUCGCUGAAGGCGCCCCGAGAUCAUACAACAUCAUUGACUCCAAGACUUGGGACGAACUCCAGUCCCACGCACAGCAGCAUCCUCUCCCUGAACCCGAACCUACCGCUCCAACCGAUACCGUGCGCCAUGAGACUCAAGCCACCAAUGACGAGACGGAGCUAGGUGCACAUUCUCAAGCCAAUGAAAUCGUGCAACACCCAGAGCUGUACGCCGAAACCAAGAGCGAUAACCGGUCCUCAACAGAUUCAACGACUUUGCAAGUGCCACAGCAGUCUCAGUCAUCUGGCACUAGCGAACCUUACGACCUGGUCACCUCACGUUUCAAGCACGUGAUGACCGACGGAGGUCAUGCAGUGAUUACCGGGCGUGGCGGAAAGAAGUUUCAAUAUUGUGAGGACGAGCCGAUUCGAAUCCCUGGUGCGAUCCAAAGCUUUGGUGUUAUGAUCGCAAUGCGCGAGGAGUCACCCAACCAGCUCGUCGUUCGGGUAGUCAGUGAAAACUCCGAGCAAUUCACAGGCUGGUCACCAAAACAACUGUUCGAGUUGGAGAACUUCUGUGAGGUCUUGAGCGACGAUCAAGCAGAUUCAUUCCUAGAUCACAUUGAUUUCGUCCGUGAUGAUGCCUACGACCCCACCCUGGAUGGCCCGGAGGUAUUUCUCUUAUCUAUCCAGCUGCCAUCUGGAGACGCGCGGCGCUUCUGGUGCGCAGUGCAUAUUAGCCAAGCUCAGAAAGACUUGAUAAUUUGCGAGUUGGAACUGGAAGAUGACGAUAUCAACCCGUUAGACGCUGGAGGGCACGCGACACCGGCCACUCCAAUUGACACAUUGGGUGUUUUCCCGAGUCCUGACCAGUUCGCAGCUAGCACGAUAAAUUUAAGCCAGCCGCUUCGAGUCCUUCGAAAUGCUAGGCGGCGGAGGGGCGAGGCAGCCGCGAUGGAGGUAUUCAGCAUUUUGACCCAGAUCCAAGACCAGUUAGCCAGGGCCAAUGACCUGGAUUCUCUGCUCAAUAUCGCAACCGGUCUUGUCAAAGAGUUGACUGGAUUUCAUCGAGUCCUGGUUUAUCAAUUUGACAGCAGUUGGAAUGGCCUCGUUGUUGCCGAGCUGGCCGACCCGAAGGCCUCCAUCGAUCUGUUCAAGGGCCUUCAUUUUCCGGCAUCUGACAUCCCCGCGCAGGCGCGCGAACUGUACAAAAUUAACAAGGUCCGGCUCCUUUACGACCGAGACCAUCAGACUUCACGCUUAGUAUGCCGAACGCUGGAGGAUCUUGAAACGCCUUUGGAUAUGACGCAUGCUUAUCUGCGGGCAAUGUCACCAGUCCAUAUAAAGUAUCUUGCCCACAUGCAUGUUCGAUCAUCAAUGUCCAUCAGCGUCAAUGCGUUCAAUGACUUGUGGGGCCUCAUAUCAUGUCAUUCCUAUGGUGACAAUGGUAUGCGGGUUUCCUUCCCGAUACGGAAGAUGUGCCGCCUGUUAGGCGACACUGUUUCACGGAACAUCGAGCGGCUUUCAUAUGCAUCUCGCCUCCAAGCUCGAAAGCUGAUCAAUACCGUUCCUACCGAGGCGAAUCCAUCCGGCUACAUCAUUGCCUCUACCGAUGAUCUCUUGCAACUCUUCGAUGCAGACUACGGUGCGCUCUCGAUACGCGACGAGACGAAGAUCCUCGGUGACAAUGCCCAUUCGCAGGAAGUUCUUGCUCUGUUGGAGUUCCUGCGAAUGCGUCAGAUCAACUCAGUUGUCUCAUCCCACGACAUCAUCAAAGACUUUCCCGAUUUGCAGUAUCCUCCGGGUUUGAAAGCUAUUUCGGGAUUGCUUUAUGUGCCCCUCUCAACAGGUGGCAGUGAUUUUAUCGUCUUCUUCCGCAAGGGCCAACUCUCGGAGAUCAAAUGGGCCGGCAAUCCCUACGAGAUUGCGAAACGCAAAGAGACUGCAGGCUUCUUGGAACCGCGAAAUAGCUUCACUGCCUGGCGCGAAACUGUUCUGAGUCAAUCUCGCGAGUGGUCCGAGUCGGAUGUUGAGACAGCCGCCGUUUUAUGCCUUGUUUAUGGUAAAUUUAUUAAGGUUUGGCGACAGAAGGAGGCUGCCAUGCAGAACUCUCAACUUACCCGUCUGCUCCUCGCCAAUUCAGCACACGAGGUUCGCACUCCGCUCAAUGCAAUCAUCAACUACCUUGAGAUCGCUUUGGAAGGUGCCCUUGAUACUGAAACCCGCGAAAGCUUGACGAAGUCGCAUUCCGCUUCCAAAUCUUUGAUAUAUGUCAUCAAUGAUCUUCUCGAUCUCACAAACACCGAAAAGGGUCAAGAGUUGAUCAAGGACGAGUCAUUCGACCUUCAGUCAACAUUCCAGGAAGCGACUGACAUGCUGGCCGGUGAAGCCAAGCGCAAGAACAUUUCCUACACAGUGACAAUCCAACCUGGAAUCCCCCCGUUGGUCCUUGGGGACCAGCGACGCGUGCGACAAGUUUUCUCAAACAUCAUCGCCAACGCCAUUCAGCAGACGAAGUCAGGCGCCGUUACUGUAGAGAUGUGGCGCUCCCCAACCCAGUGUGUGGAGGGUCAUAUUGCCGUGGAGAUCAUGGUUGUUGACACGGGUGCUGGCAUGUCCAAGUCAAAGCUAGAGGCGCUGUUUCAUGAACUUGAGCAAGUUUCAACAGACGAAAGUUACUACCCGGAGGAGGAAGAUCAGCAAGACCCUUCCAGUCAACAAAAGGUGGAUGGCAAGCGCGUACUGGGUCUUGGACUUGCUUUAGUCGCAAGAAUCGUCUACAGCAUGCAGGGCCAGCUUGGUGUCAAGUCUGAAGAGGGCAAAGGAAGUCGUUUCAAGGUUCUUCUCCAGUUUCCACUUCCCGAAGGGUCUUCAUCUCAGGCGACUACUAUCACUACCCCUGGUCAUGUCACUAUUCCGCCCACGCCCAUGAUCUCUGACCGGGAAUUUAGACUGGUCCAUGGAGCUACGGAUCUUCGCCAGACACGGCGCAGGAGCUCCGAAAGCCUUCAAAGUGCAGGCAGUUCUCGUAGCGGAAAGAGUCAGGCAGAUCGCUUGAUCAGUGCCAUGCAGGAACCUCCACUAUCUCGAAAGUCACGGCGUGAGAGUUUGGAUUUAAAGAGUCCGAAGUAUCUCGCUAGCUCGCCGAGUACAGACAACAGAUCCGUUCCCCAGUCGGUAGGGUCGCCUUCCGCAUCAAGUCUAAAGCGAUAUACCCCCCAAGACCACCUUGCCAGUCUCUCCACUGUCACCAAUACACCGCCAGUUCAGCUGCAAGCUCUGAUGACGCCGCCCGCGCCGGGCACCGAAAACAUCACCGAUUCUGGAGUUCCGAUGGGUGCUCUCCAUAUUCCUAAGCAUGCUGUGAAGCACCCCUCAAAGCACAGCGGGCAAUUGAUGGAACAAUCUUACUUCCCUCUUAUGCGUGUAUCAACUAAAGAACCUUCGGAACCUGCAUCCACGGAGGCUGCGGUGUCUACCACCCCAACUUCGAUACCUCCGGCAAACCCUCAGCUGCUGCAGGUGCUUGUGGCAGAAGACGACCCAGUCAACAGCAAAAUUAUUGAGAAGCGUCUCACGAAGCUCGGACAUACAGUCAAGCUCACCGGCAAUGGCGAGGCGUGUGCAUCGGCCUUUGUCGUCGCUAGUAAGGCUUUUGAUAUUGUCCUGAUGGAUAUUCAGAUGCCUAUCGUCGACGGAAUGAUUGCCACUCAAAUGAUUCGAGAACACGAGUCAAAAACACCGACCGAUGUCCUCUCCGACAAAGCCAAGGGUAAUUCGCGAGUUCCGAUCUUUGCUGUUUCUGCAUCCCUGCUUGAAUCAGAGAAGAAGACAUAUAUGCAAACCGGAUUCGACGGCUGGGUCAUGAAGCCUAUCAAUUUUGCUCGGCUGAAUGUGCUUUUAAGUGGUCUUAUUGACCCCGAGGCUAGGAAGGCAGCUACAUAUAAGCCUGGACAGUGGGAGAAUGGUGGCUGGUUUGAUCGCUAA